GGGGACAGUAUGGAGUUCAGGUCACUCUCUGUAAUACUCUUGCUGACUGUCCUCAUCCACAGUGGACAAACUCAAGAGAGACCAAAAGCUGUGGUGUUCAUACAGCCUGAUAAACAGGUGUUUAUAGGAGAGACUGUCACUCUCAGAUGUGACACACAGGGAGGAGGAGACACUGACUGGCAGCACAGCUGGUUUAAAGAUGAUUCAUCCACUCCUUUCAGUAAUGAACAGCAGUACAGAAUCAGCUCUGUUACAGAGUCUCACAGUGGAAAAUACACCUGUAGAGGAACAGAGAGAGGAACAUCACGCUACUCACACACCAGUGAUGCUGUUACACUGACUGUAUCAGAUAAACCCAAACCUACACUGACUGUAGAACCAGACAGUCCUGUGUUCAGUGGAGAGUCAGUCACUCUGAAGUGUGAGAUUAACACUCGUGAUGGAUGGACAUAUCAGUGGUAUAAACAGAAUAAACAGAGUAGAUGGACUGCAGUGUCUCAGUCUGUGUAUUACACUGUAAACAGAGACACUCUCACCAUCAGAGAAGAUGCUGUAAUUAAUGGAGAUCAGUAUCAGUGUAGAGGAGAGAGACGUUACAGACCAACAUCAUCACAGUACAGUAACUCUGUUACACUCACUGUAAAGGAGAGACCAAAAGCUGUGGUGUCCAUUCAGCCUGAUAAACAGGUGUUUAUAGGAGAGACUGUCACUCUCAGAUGUGACAUACAGGGAGAAGGAGACACUGAGUGGGGCUAUAGCUGGACUAAGGAUGAUUACCCAUCAUACACAAUCGGUACAGAACAGGAAGUCAAAUACAUCUCUGUUGAAAAGUCUCACAGUGGAAAAUACACCUGUAAAGGAGCAACACACACAUAUUACUCACAGAUCAGUGAUGCUGUUACACUGACUGUAUCAG